GGCAGCGCAGGUUCCCGGCCCGGCCGUGCCGGCGAUGGGCGGGCGCAGCGCGGCGCGGCGGGAGCACACGGGCCGGCGGCUGGCGCGGUUCGCGGCGCUGCGAGGCGCGGCCGCCCGGCCCGGCGAGCUCUGGGACGUGGUGGUGCUGACGGCGGCGGACGCGGCGCAGGCGGGCGCGUUCCGGGAGCAGCUGGCGGAGAAGCUGCGGCGGGGGGAGCUGCCGAGGGGCGUCCGGUACCACGUGUGCGCCGACCCGCCGGGGCCCAGGAUCGGAAAUGGUGGAUCAACUCUUCAUGUUCUUCAGUACUUGGAAGAUCUGUAUGGUGAUCAGUGGGCUUCCUUCACUGUGCUGCUAAUCCAUUCUGGUGGUUACAGCCAGCGUUUACCAAGUGCAAGUGCCCUGGGGAAGAUCUUCACGGCCCUGCCAUUUGGAGAUCCCCUUUACCAGAUGCUGGAGCUGAAGAUGGCCAUGUACAUCGACUUUCCCCGUCACAUGAAACCAGGAAUCCUCGUCACGUGUUCGGAUGACAUAGAGCUGUACAGCACUGAAGUGACAGAAACCAUCGCGUUGGAUAAACCUGGAUUUACCGCCUUGGCUCACCCCUCAGAUUUGGCAGUCGGGACCACUCACGGGGUGUUUGUCUUAGAUCCGUCCAGUUUUUCAGGAAAAGGAGGACUGGAAUAUGCAUCUUGCCAUCGUUUCCUGCACAAGCCUGACGUGGGGAUGAUGCGGCAGAGUGGUGCAGUGUGUGUGAGGCAUUGCUCCUCUGGGAACCACGGCGACUCAGGAAUGGCCUCGGAGUGUGUGUACACAGACAGCAUAUUCUACAUGGAUCACCUCACUGCAAAGCAGCUACUGAUGUUCUAUAAGCGGAUGGGCACACUUUGCUAUGAAAUAGAUGCAUAUGGUGACUUCCUCCAGGCCCUGGGGCCCGGAGCCACUCCAGAUUAUACCAAAAAAAUGAGUAAUGUCACCAAGGAGGACUUGGGGUUGGUGGAAGUUCGGCAGCAGUUAUACUCCCUCCUGCGAGGAACUGCCCUCAAUGUCAUAGUCCUCAACAACUCCCAGUUCUACCACAUUGGAACUACUCAGGAGUAUUUGUUUCAUUUUACAGCUGAGAGCAAACUGAGAUUUGAGCUUGACUUGCUGCCUGUGGCUUUCAGUAUCUUUCCUGACACAGCCGAGACCUCAGAUCAGUCAAGCGUCAUCCAGAGCAUCCUUGAGCCCAGAUGUGUGAUAGGGCCUGGCUCUGUCAUUGAAUACUCCAGAAUUGGGCCUGAGGUCUCGGUAGGGAAGAGCAGCAUUGUUAGUGGGUCCUGCAUAAAUUUCAGUGUAGAGAUACCCUCACACUGCUUUCUGAGUUCAGUAACUGUGAAAAUUAAUGACCAAGUUGAGUAUGUCACCAUGGUGUUUGGUGUAGGAGACGACUUGAAGAAGACUGUGACUUUGCUGUCAGAUGUACACUCGCUCCAGUUUUUUGGAGCCAGCUUAGCAGAAUGCCUGGGCCUCUGGAGUAUAGAGGCUUCAGACCAGCUCUUCUCCAGUGGGAACAAACAUCUGGGACUGUGGACUGCCAGGAUUUUUCCUGUUUGUUCUACUCUAGGUGAAUCCGUUAGGAUGUCGCUGAAGAUGUUGAAUUCUGUGCAGCACAUGUCACCUUUCAAACUAAGUGGCUUUCGGCUCAUGUCUGUUGAAGAAAUGCUCGCCUACAAGGAUGUAGAAGACAUGCUGAAGUUUAGGAAGCAAAUUUAUGAUGAAGUCUGUCUACAAAGACAAAAAGAGAAGUCUGAUUGUAGAACGAACUGUACUUGAACAAAUCUGUUUUCAUUUGUGGGUAAUUGAUUACUUCAUAGCUUAUAAGAAUGCUGAGGAAAAAGUACACAGAUCUUUUCUCUGAUCUCAUUGAAGUAAUAAUAAAGAAAUUGCAUUAACAGUGUUGUUGUAGCAUAACAUUAAUAAUACAGCAAAUGUGAUAAACUGUUCUUUUGAUGAAAGUAGUAAAAUAUUUCAGAUCUGAAA